AUGGAUAAUACCAAUAAAAUCGUUUUAUAUGUUAUUUGUGGUGUAGUUGGUUUUAUUGUUCUUGUCAGCAUUAUCCUCAUCAUUUUAUGGUGUAUUAAUCGUCAUUAUCGUAAUCGUAUGAAUUCAUCAUCAUCAUCCUUAUCUGAUUCAACGAGUUCACAAACACCACCAUUACCAUCAUCAUUUCCAUUUCGUUUACGUGCAAAACCUAAACAGAUUAAUAAUAAAAAGAAUACGAAAAAAAUAUUAGUAAAAAGUCAAUCAAAUACUACCAAUAAUGUUGAAAAUUAUCCUCAUCUUAUUAAUACAAAUGUAAAAAAUUUAGAAAAAUUAUUACAAAGUGAAUCAACAUUAACAGCGAGUUCAUGGCAUUAUGAAAAAAAUCUUCAUCAACAAUUAGAUGAACAAUCAAUAUCGCCUUUAACAAUUCCAUCAUCAUUAGCAACGACAAUGAUUCCAUCCACACCUAAUCCUGAUAUGCAACAUGAUCGUAUAAAUGACUUUGGUCGAAGUACUGAUCAUUUGUACACAUCAUCGUCCACAGUUUUAACUGCUAUAUCAAAUACAGAUGAACGUUACCGUCGACCAUCUAAACCACGAAACUUGACUAUCUCAGAAUUAGUUGAUCCUUAUAUUGUUCAAAUGCCAUCAGCUUCACUAUCGACGACCUAUCCCGUUCGACCACCACCAUUAUUCAUACAACGAAACAAUUCUCAAAUUAGUCAGCAACAAGCAAAUUAUCGUUUUAAAAAUGAGCUUAAUCACAUUUUUCGAACAAAACAGCCACCAAAAAUCACUAAUACUCGUAGUCAUCAUUUAAUUAAUUAUUCACAAAGUUGUCGUACACCAAAUGAUCCUGUACCAUUUUAUUUUUCAGUUACAAAUUCAUCAGAACCAAAUUGUGUGAGAACAGGAUAUUCAAAUGAAACGUUAAUUAGGAAAGCACAAAUUAGGGAUGAUACAGCGAUUUUAUAUUGA